AUGCGUCCUUCGCGCCUCGCGACGCUGCGUCGUAAGGACCAAGAACGCAAGGACCAAGGAAUCAACAAGGACCAUGGCCCAAGGCCCGAGGACGCAAGAACCAUGGAUGCAAGGACCGAGGAUCAAGGACAAGACCCAAGGACCAAAGGACGCAAGACCAAGGACGAAGGGCCAUGGACCAAGAACCCAAGGACACAAGGACCAAAGACCCAAGGACCCAAGGAAGGACCCAGGGACGUAAGGACCAGGUGCCAAGGACGCAAGGACCAAGGACGCAAGGACCCAGGGACGCAAGGACCGAGGACGCAAGGACCCACGGACGCAAGGACCCAGGGACGCAAGGACCGAGGACGCAAGGACGCAAGGACCCAGGGACGCAAGGACCCAGGGACGCAAAGACCGAGGACGCAAGGACCGAGGACGCAAGGACCGAGGAUGCAAGGACCGAGGACGCAAGGACCGAGGACGCAAGGACCCAGGGACGCAAGGACCAAGGACGCAAGGACCCAGGACGUAAGGCGACGUAAGGACAAAGGACGCAAGGACCAAAGACGCAACGACGCAAGGACCACGGACCAAGGACGCAGGACGCAAGGACCAAGGCGGCGCGGAGCGCGGAAGUAG